CCCGGGCAAAGCCUCACCAUGCAGUUAUUGUCUGCAGUAGAUCCACAGUCGUUGUAUACUCCCAGCUGGAAGAUUGAGAGCAAAUAUUCAACCAGAGUGCUCACUGGAAACUGGGUGGAAGAGAGGAAGAAGUUCACCAAAGCCACCGAGAAGACACCCCAGUCCGUGUACAGGAAGGAGUACGUCCCCUUCCCUGGCCACAGACCAGACCAGAUCUCCAGGUGGUAUGGGAUGAAGAGAGUUGAGGGGCUCCCGUGCAAACACAUCAUCCCUCACCACCAGGAGCCCUCGCACCGCCAUCUCAUCGGCACCUACGACGACCACUACAACCGGCACAAUUAUAACCCAGGCCUGCCCUCGCGCCGCACCUGGGAUAAGCAUAAGCUGCUGUGGCUUCCAGAGAAAGCCGACUUCCCCCUUCUGGCUCCUCCUACAAACUACGGACUCUAUGAGCAGCUGAAGCAGAGAUGGUUCACACCCGAGCCUGGUCUGCGAGGGAGUGUUUACACUUUGUCCUACCCCCGACCACCGCUGUGUGCUCUGUCCCGGAGGGAGCACGCCAUCCCGGUCCCUCCGCCUCGCCUGCACCCUGUCCCACGCUUCUGA